CCCACUGUGAAUUCUCUUUAGUAAAAGAUCUAUUACCUUGGCAUUUCGCUUUAAAGAGGUUUGUUGAUAAUCGUUGUUCUAAACAAUACUUUACUUCGGCUCCAAAUCAAUAGACUAAGACGAUCGACGAAGUCAAUGCGUUUAAACUAGGAAGCUUCGAGGUUAGCGGCAUGAAAUUUACAUGCAUUCUCUAUUAUUCCUUUUUAUCUGGGACUUAGUUUUGUGUGGAUUUUCUGCUCUGAGACUGUUGAGUUUUGGGUUUGAUUUCUGGGUUUCAAAGAUACUGGAGAGAAAAAUUAGCGCGGCAAAGUUAUGGAAGGAGCUCUUGCAGGGGCAGGAUUGGGAAAAGGAGUUUCGGACUUGUUUGACAUCGUUAAGGAUGUCACAAGGAACAGCCUUAUGUUCGAAGACGUACUUGAACACCUAAAAUAUACAUUAGCUAGAUUAAAGCCAGUGGUGGAAGAGAUAGAAGCGUCAAACAGAGAAUUGGGUCGCCCAGAGGAAACAAAGGCCCUGAUCGAAAAAAUGAAGAAGGGCGAAGAUUGCGUUAGGAAGUACUCGGAGCCCGGGUGGUGGAAAUUCCACAUGAGAUCCCGUUACGCGAGCGAACUUUGCAAGUUGGAAGAGACCCUUAUCAGGUUCUUUCAGCUUGAUGUGCAAGCAUGGAAUUUGAGGAAUGGGUUGGAGACCUUGAAGGGGGUGAAUGAUAUUCGUGCGCGAAUGAAUGGUGUGGGGUCGUGCGCUGUUCCUGAAGCCCCGGAUUUUACCGUUGGGUUAGAUGGGCCUUUGAGGGGGUUGAAGAUGGAGCUGCUGAAGAAGGAGGUGUCGAUCCUUGUCUUGACUGCUCCCGGAGGAUGCGGGAAAACAACAUUGGUGAAAAUGCUUUGUCGGGAUGAGGAAAUUACAGGCAAAUACGAGGGCAAUAUUUUUUUUAUCCCGGUCUCAAAAUCUCCCAACCUGAAGGUUAUUGUACAAAAACUAUUCCAUCACAAGAAUAAGCAGGUGCCUCACGAGUUUCCAAGUGAUGAAGAUGCAAUCAACCAGCUGAAGCAACUGCUGAAUGGAAUGAAGCAAAAGCCUAUUUUGUUGAUUUUGGAUGAUGUCUGGUCUGGAUCAGAAUCUCUUCUUGAGAAGUUUGCAUUUGAUAUGCCGAAUUACAAGAUUCUAGCGACUUCAAGAACUGAAUUUCGAAGAUUUCCAACAUAUAAAUUAAAACUAUUAAAGGGUGAAGCUGCAAUGAAACUUUUUCGUCACUCAGCAAUCCUGAAUGAUGGGAGCUCUUACAUUCCCAGUGAAGAUAUUGUCAAAGAGAUAGUGAAAGGCUGUGGGGGGUUUCCACUGGCCCUUAAAGUGAUUGGCACAUCACUCUGUGGGCAGCAUGAAGCGGUCUGGCGAAGUAGAGUUAUGAAAUGGCCUAACGGUCAUCCUUUUUUUGCUACUAGUAGUGAUCUGCUAGAUUGUCUCCAAAGAAGCCUAGAUUUCAAAGAUAAUGAGAUCAUCAAGAAAUGUUUCCUGGACCUAGGUUCGUUUCCUGAAGACCAAAGGAUCCCUGUUGCUGCCUUGGUUGAUAUGUGGUCAGAAUUAUACGAACUAGAUGAAGAUGGCAUCCUGGCCGUCGCCAACCUUUGUGAAAUCACCAACCGGAAUCUGGCUAGUCUUCUUGUCACAAUGAAAGAUGCAAGUGAGGUUGGCAUAUACUGCAGUGAAGACUUCGUCUUACAACAUGAUCUUCUUAGAGAGCUAGCUAUACAUCAGAGCAGCCAGGAGCCAAUAGAACAAAGGAAAAGACUGAUUGUGGACAUAAGUGAAAACAAGCUUCCCAAGUGGUGGAAGGAACCAAGGAAGCAACCUAUCAGCGCCCAGCUCUUGUCUAUCUCAACUGAUGAUAAGUUCUCAUCAAGUUGGGGUAAUAUUCAAGGAUCAGAAGUUGAGGUUUUAGUUCUGAAUUUUCAAACAAAGAAUUACGCCUUACCCAAGUUUGUGGAGAAAAUGGAUGAAUUAAAGGUCUUGAUAGUCACAAAUUAUGGUUUCUUUCAUGCUGAAUUAGGUAAUUUUCAGCUACUUGAAUCUCUUUCUUGUCUAAAGAAAAUCAGAUUAGAGAAGGUUUCAAUUCCUUCCCUUUUCAAGUCCCCAGUGCAAUUGAGGAGUUUGGAGAAGAUAUCCCUGUUUAUGUGUAAUAUUAGUCAGGCUUUUAGGAAUUGUACUAUCCAGGUUUCAGAUGCAUUUCCAAAUCUAAAGGAGAUAAACAUUGACUAUUGCAAUGAUCUUACUGAAUUGCCUGUUGGGUUGUGUGAUAUUAUUUGCCUCAAGAAACUUAGCAUCACCAACUGUCUGAAGCUGUCUGCACUGCCCGAAGAGAUCGAAAAGCUGGUAAAUUUGGAAGUGCUAAAGCUUAGGAGUACCAGUUUGGAACAGUUGCCAGAGUCAAUCACAAGCCUCAGUAAGUUAAGCAUUCUUGACAUAUCUGACUGCCCAGAGAUUAACAAGUUGCCAAUAGACAUUGGGAACUUGUGUAAUUUGGAAAAGCUCAACAUGAAAGGGUGCUUGAGAUUGCAUAAGCAGUUACCACCAUCAACUUCGAAUCUUGAGAAAUUGAAGCUUGUGAUAUGUGACAAAGAGAGGGCCAAGUUAUGGGAGCCUAUCAAGGAGUUCUGUACCAGUCUCAAGAUAAAGUUGGCUGAAAAAGAUAUCAACUUGCAUUGGCUUCCCAAUCGUUCUUGAGAAUUGUUUCUUCUUGAAUAAUGUUGUAGUAUACUUACAUAUAAUGUUACCUUCUUUGGGAGAGUCUAUGGUAAACUUUCAAUGAACAUCAUGUCAUUUCCAAGCAAGCCAGAGUUUUAAUUAAUUCAGAUUUAUUUGUGGCUUACAUGUUUGCUUUUGGAAGU